AUGUACCGAAUAAUGGUUAAUAUUGGAAGAAUGAACGUCAACGACGACGAAGUGAUAUCAACAGGGCUUUCCACUUUCGAAAAGGAACUAAGAGAAAGAGGUACUCCAUUCUUCGGUGGCACCAAACCUGGUAUGUUGGACUAUAUGAUUUGGCCAUGGUGCGAACGAGCGGAAAUCUUAAAAGUUUUCGGCAAUCAGCAUCUUCUAAGAAGAGAUAAAUACAAGAAAUUGAUGGAAUGGCGCAACCAAAUGACUGAAGAAACUACCGUUAAGAAAAGCCUACUACACUCAGAUUACCACAUAAAAUAUUUACAGUCAUACCGAGCAGGUAUGCCAGACUACGAUUUGAUUCUAAAUUCCAACUGA